CCCCCGCUACGUCUGUGGUUACGCGAUUCACGGCGGACGUUUUCCUGGCUCAGCAUCGGUGCCCGGAGGGUCCCCGCGGCCCAGAGAAGAGGAAGAAGAGGAGAAGGAGAAGAAGGCAGGGCCGGAGCCGUUCCUCCUGAGCCGGUGACUCGGUGGGCUCGCGGCGAUGCGGUUCAUUUUCGGGGUGGUGGUGCCUCCCGCCGUGGCCCAGGGCCGUUCGCAGCUGCUGGUGAUGGGCUCUCCGCCCGAGCUGGGGCGCUGGGCGCCUCAGAGGGCCGUGCCCAUGAAGCCGGUGGGCAUCGGGGUCGGGCCCGACGGGGUACUCGGGCUGCAGGAGCCGUGCCUGUGGCUCGCGGACGUGGAGCUGCAGCAGCAGCAGGAGCAGCAGCAGCAGCAGGAGCAGCAGCAGCAGCAGCAGCAGGAGCAGGAGCCGCAGGAGCAGGAGCCGCAGGCCGAGGGGGUGGGGGCCGACGUCCUCGCGACGUUCUGGUACAAGUUCCUGAAGUGGGAGCCCGGAGGAGAGUUCUCCUGCGAAGGUAAUGGUCCUCACCAUGAUCGCCACAGUACUUACACUGAAAGCAACAUGGUAGAAGGCAUGUACUGUCUCCCAAUUGGAUACUGGCUUGAGGCCACUGGGCAUACCAAUGAGGUGAAGCAUAGGAAUGAUUUCGGUUGUAACAUUGCAGGCCAUCAAACCAUGCAUUUUUCACAAAUCCUCCCAAACCUCUGGUUAGGAAGCUGCCCUCGCCAGUUGGAGCAUGUCACUAUCAAAAUGAAGCAUGAAUUAAGGGUGACAGCAGUAAUGAAUUUUCAGACGGAAGGGGAUAUUAUACAGAAUUCAUCAGGCUGCAAUCGCUACCCAGAGCCCAUGAGCCCAGACACCAUGAUCAGGCUCUAUAGAGAAGAAGGAAUUGACUACGAAUGGUUGCCUACAGCAGACCUGAGUACUGAAGGUACAGUGCAGAUGUUGCCUCGGGCCGUCUCUCUCCUCCACUGCCUACUUCAGAAAGGUCACACCGUCUACAUACACUGCAAUGCUGGUAUUGGAACAUCCCCGGCUGUCGUGUGCGGCUGGCUCAAGUAUGUCAUGGGCUGGAAUCUGAGGAAGGUGCAGUACUUCCUCAUGGUCAAAAGGCCUGCUGUGUAUAUCGAUGAAGAGGCUCUGUCCCGUGCAGAAGAAGAUUUCUAUCAGAGAUUUGGGAAGUUUUGUCGUCGCCGGGCUUAAGUAAUUUGAAUGGGUAAAACCACCAGCUUUUUCCUAAAAGCUCCUGUCAUGUAAUCAUAAGAUGAUUUGAAGACAGAAUCUUGUUAAACAGUAUUGUGAUGUGCUUUGUUACUGCUAUUUAUUGUUAUUAUUGUUAUUGUUGUUAUUAGUCUAGCAUGCUCAUUUAGUCUUAGUAUUGGUUUAGGAAUCUAUUUUCUCUGGGGCACCUUUUAAAGAAUCGAAUGAAUUGCACAAGAAAGAGCAGAAGUUCUCUGGACUCUGCCUUCUCAGUCUCAGGUGGUAACAGACACCAUUGACAACACCUGCAGUCAGGCUCCUCCUUUUGGUUGACCUACCCCCAGGUGGUUUUCUGAAAAAUUCAUGACCACAACCACCUUUUCUCGUUGUAUUGUAUGUAACUAUUUGCUGUCUAGAAAAGCUAUCAUUAUACAGAUUUCAUUUCUUUCAGCAAAAGUAGCAAAGAAGGACCUACUGCUUUGUAAAUGGAAGUCAUCCGGCCUGCUACUAAGCAAGCACCGAGGCUGGAGGCUGGGGGUUCUGUCAAUCCUUGCCGAAUGGAAUAGAAUUGAAUUUCUUGUUCUGUAGAGGAAGGCUGUAUUGAUUUGCCACAAUUCUUAUGGCAGAGAUUCUUAACUGUUUUUUCUCAUGAACCCCUUAGGAAGUCUACUGGAAACGAUGGACCUCUUCUCUUAAAAAUGAUAUUUUAAAAUGCACAAUAUAUAAUACAAAAGAUUACAAAGGAAACCAAUUAUAUGGAAAUAAAAAACUCCUCAAAAUCUUUUGAAAAAAAAUAUUAUUUUAAAAGUUCACAGAACCCCAAGGUUAGAAAUCCCUGCAAUGGGGAAAUUGGGUUCAGCAUUCUGAUAAAUCUGUGAAAAGUCUAGGGAAAUUACGACUUUAUGUGAAACUGGCUCUUGACUGUGUGGGAAAAUAAUGGAACUUGGUAGACGUCCAGGGGUCCGACUUGAUCGACGUAGUAGUGUUUGAAUUGGGUGCGAACUACUGAGGAACUACUAAGUACCCACUUAAAGGUGAUUGGAUUUUAGCCACUAGCCAACACUGAGGUCAGUGUGUUCUUAGAGGCUAUGGACUACGCCAUCCACAGGAGACUGCUCUCCGCCAAGCAACUUGAAGAACCUUCCAUUUCUGGGAGGAGGACAGGAAGGAGGAAGCGGGACCACGGACAGAAUCUGCCUCUUUUUGUUUGCGACACGGGCGUGGUGGCAGAAUUUCACGUGGGCGGUUAGGAAGGCUAGGAUCUCCAUGCUAUAAGCAAUCUGUUCUCAAUCUUUCUCUCUCUUUACUGUCUUAUAUCUUUUAAUAAAUCCUUAAAAGCCUCAA